AUGGGUACAAGAACGAGAAAGGUUGCCUUCGUCACCGGUGCCAAUGGCAUCAGCGGUUUUAAUAUCAUCGAGCAUUUAGUUCGCCAGCCUAAGGAGGAAUGGAGCAAAAUCAUCGUGACAUCUAGACGCCCGCUUACUAGUGCCUGGAUUGAUCCUCGAGUCAAGUUUGUGCUAGUAGACUUCCUCGAGCCGGUGGAGAAGAUCACUGCUACGAUUAAGGAUAUUUGCAGCGACGUCACACACGCCUUCUUCACAUCCUAUGUUCACAGCGAUGAUUUCCAAGCAUUGAAGGAUAAAAACGUGCCGUUGUUUCGCAACUUUCUUGAUUCCAUAGAUACUACAUGUCCUGGAUUGCAGCGAGUUUGCCUGCAGACUGGUGGGAAGUAUUAUGGUGUCCAUCUCGGUCCAGUCAAGGUUCCUUUGGAGGAAUCUUUUCCCCGCUACGAUGAUCAUGGUUUCAACUUCUACUACGACCAGGAAGAUUACCUCCGUGAGGCCCAAGCUCGUCGCAAGUCCUGGUCUUGGAAUGUGAUCCGUCCGAAUGCGAUCAACGGAUACGCGCCUCAUGCCAAUGGAAUGUCUGAGGUUUUGACGAUCGCGAUUUAUAUGCUGAUCUGCCGCGAACUGGGACAGCCAGCAGAUUUCCCUGGCAAUGAAUAUUUCUGGAACUCGAUAGAUGACAAUUCCUAUGCCCCAAGCCUUGCAGACCUGUCUGUUUGGAGUGCUUCCAUGGAACACUGCAAGGAUGAAGCAUUCAAUCAUGUCAAUGGAGAUGUUUUCGUGUGGAAGUUCAUCUGGCAGGAAUUUGCUUCCUAUCUUGGUGUCGAAGCCCCCGAACCCAAGUUCGAGAAGGCUGCGGGCCAGGCUGAUACCCUGGCAAAUGAGAUUGAUAUGAUCAAAUGGGCCUCUGACAAGCGUGAGAUCUGGGAACGCGUUAUCAGCAAGUAUGGUGGCAGGGCUGAUGCCUUUGACUGGGGUACUUGGGGAUUUUUCAAUUGGGCCACUGGUAAGUCGUGGCUGACUAUCUCGUCUAUCAACAAGGCGAGAGAGUUUGGCUGGUAUCGCAAUCAUAAAACAUUGGAUACCUGGAUCGAGACAUAUCGGUCGUUUGAGAACGCGGGAGUCAUGCCCUCGCUUGAUCUGCUAGGGAAGAAUGCCUAG